AUGGCUCAGCUGGUGAACCACGACCUGCCACUGUGGUUGGGGUGUCCUUGGGCCCGCGAUGCCGAUGCCUUCCGCCUUCGUGUGGCCCUAGAUUGCUGGGAUCGGAGUGGCUCUCGCGAAGACGCAGAAGGCACCGGGCUGUACGGAGCAAUCUGUAUUGAGCUGGGUGAACCAGAACGGGCGAGAUCGUAUUUUGAACAACUGGAAGCGCGCGGAACCGAUUUGCGGCUUGCAUACCAGCCUGCUUUUCUCGAAGAUCUUGCGGCUGUUAAUCUGUGGAGUGGCAUCAUGCAGAAGGCAGGUUCUGCAGGUGCUUGUCCAGAUCUGGCUUGCCUGGUCCAGAAGGCUGCCAAGCUGGCCUGCAUGGGUGUCUCCACUGGCAUUUCUCGUAGGCUUCAUGGGGCAGUGUUGUUCACUGGCUGCCACGACGGCUACGAAGUAUUGGCAGAAGGGUUCAACCACCUUGCCGAACCCCUGCAAGCGCGGCGUCAAAGGAGAGCCGGGUCGCCGCACAAACUUCGAGCUGUCCAGCGUCAUGCGGAGGUGCACUGUCUCCUGCAGUUACCUCGGCUGGCAGACGCGAAGGGCAAGCAGAUGUUGAUCGUGGAGAUUGCAGACGUAGGACCUGGCUUGGGCUGGGCCGAGCCUUGCUCUCGCGGCUGUGUCCAACUGCUCACCAAGUACGGUCUCUCCCCGAUCUUUUUCACCGAUGGGAACGGUUCACUUGUAGAGCGUCGCCUGCAGCACGACCCAGACUUGGACGUUCCGUAUAAAACCUAUGCGAGACGUCUCAGUGAUGACCGCAUCUCGGAGAGGGCAUGGAUCGACGUUUCAUGCAAGAUAGAGCUGGAAAGGAGUGGAGGGGACAGAA